AAACUACAAGUUAUAUAAACUAUCAUUGCCACUUUUCAUAAUGACGUUGUUAGAGAGCGAUAACCUUAAUGUUUUAAAAAUCUCGGAUGUAUGGGAAACAACAAACAUAUACUUCAUUGAAUUUAUAUCAUUAUUUCCCUUUGAUGUAAAAACCAGUUACAGGUCUCAGCUGAUAAACGUUACACUGUCCAGGUGGACACAAGUGACACUGUCCAGGUGGACACAAGUGACACUGUCCAGAUGGACACAAGUGACACUGUACAGGUGGACACAAGUUGCACUGUACAGAUGGACACCAGUAACACUGUCCAGGUGGACACAAGUUGCACUGUACAGAUGGACACCAGUGACACUGUCCAGGUGGACACAAGUUGCACUGUACAGAUUGACACAAGUGACACUGUCCAGAUGGACACAAGUGAUACUGUACAGAUGGACACAAGUUGCACGGCCCAUCUUGACCCAAGUUACACUGUCCACCUUGACACCCGUUACACUGUCCAUCUUGACACCCGUUACACUGUCCAUCUUGACACCCGUUACACUGUCCAUCUUGACACCCGUUACAAUGUCCACCUUGACACCCGUUACACUGUCCAUCUUGACACCCGUUACACUGUCCAUCUUGACACCCGUUACUAUGUCCACCUUGACACCCGUUACACUGUCCAUCUUGACCCAAGUUACAAUGUUCACCUUUACACCCGUUAGACGGUAUAUCUUGACACGAGUUACACUGUCCACCUUUACACCCGUUACACUGUCCACCUUUACACCCGUUACACUGUCCACCUUUACACCCGUUACACUGUCCACCUUUACACCCGUUACACUGUCUACCUUUACACCCGUUAAACUGUCCACCUUUACACCCGUUACACUGUCCACCUUUACACCCGUUACACUGUCCACCUUUACACCCGUUACACUGUCCACCUUUACACUCGUUACACUGUCCACCUUUACACCCGUUACACGGUACAUCUUGACACGAGUUACACUGUCCAACUUUACACCCGUUACACAAGUUACUCUGCUCAGAUGGACACAGGUUACGUUGUCAACAGGACAGGGCUACUUACGCAGCACGAGAAAUUAUUUAAUUUCAUAUUUUAUCUACUCUGUACUUUUAGUUGAAAGAUGAAUUGAAAAUUUAUAUUCAAAAUUAAAUUACAAUUUUAU